AUGUUCCAUAUCCCUUACCCACCCUCCGGGUCAGGCUACUGGAGCCCCGUUACUUCAACUCUCAACUGGUGUGAAGAGGACUACUAUGCUACCGUCUAUCUCGCCGAAAUUGUCAAUUCUUUGACCAACGUUUUGUUCCUCUUUCUCGGGAUAAAAGGAAUUCUUAGCUGCCGAAGAAAUGGCCACGAUUUCGUCUUCCAGGUUGCCUUCUUAGGCUACUUCAUCGUGGGCCUAGGGAGCUUACUCUUCCACUCCACGCUAAAAUAUCCAAUGCAACUCGUCGAUGAACUCUCCAUGAUCUAUACCACCUGCCUGAUGUGCUAUGCUACCUUUUCCUUUUCCAAAUCUACGAGGAAUCGCACCAUCCUUGGCUUGAGUCUCUUGGGCUUGUCCGUAUUUAUCACCGCAUAUUAUCACUACCUGCAGGACCCGCGGUUCCAUCAAAAUGCCUAUGCGAUCUUGACAGUCGUUGUGGUUCUGCGGAGUAUGUGGCUAAUGGAGGUUACUCUUCGAUCGAAAUGGCGCAAGGCCCAAGCCCUUAACGCCUCUUCUCAAGUCAAUGGGCCAAGCCCAGGUUCUUCGCGAGAUGUUCAAUUGUCUCAGAACACUCGCGAUUUGAAAAUUCUCAAUACUAUGUGGCUCAUGGUCAUUUGUGGAUUAUCUUCGUUCCUCGGUGGCUUCGCUAUCUGGAACCUCGACAACCACUAUUGUUCCACGAUCCGAGGCUGGCGCCAUACUAUUGGCCUCCCAUGGGGCGUGCUUCUUGAAGGUCACGGAUGGUGGCAUCUAUUGACUGGAAUUGGCGCAUAUAUAUACAUAACUUGGGGUACAUGGCUCCGCCAUUGCCUCAAUGGCCGUCAGGACGAAUACGAGCUCUACUGGCCACACUUUUACACUUUUCCUGAGGUCGUUCAUGUCGAAAAGGAAAUACCGAAGCCGGUUCAUUUAGACGGAACAUCCGCGAUCAAAAGGCUUUAG